UCUUCUCCUCCACCGCCGAUCCCCUUUCUCCUCUUCCCACCGACGCCAGCGCAGACGAGCUCGCGCCACCCACCUCCUGCUGAGAUAUGUAUUGGCAGGCGUGAUGGUAUUCAGUUUCCAGGAGGCGUGAUGGAACCACCGGAAGACGGAGAACUGGCGGCGCGUCUCCCUGCUGACGUGCUCGUCGAUGUGCUCCGUCGCGUGACGGGGCCGCGCUCGCUCGCCGUGUCGCGCUGCGUGUGCAAAGCGUGGCGGGCCAUCAUCGACGGCGAGGGACUCCUGCGCAGGCAGCUCCCGUUCAGCGGCAUCUUCAUCUGCUUCAGGAGGCUAUGUCUGCCCGAGUUCUUCUCGCGCCCCGCGUCCGCGGGUCAGCCUGCUAUCAGCGGCAAGCUCGAUUUUCUGCCCAGGGCCACUGAACUUCGCCCCCAUGGCAACUGCUACAUCGAGGAUCACUGUAAUGGACUCCUCUUGCUCCAAGGGACCUACAUCGAUGAUCACUACGUGCUUAACCCUGCCACGCGAUGGUGGAACACUCUGCCCUUAUGCCUGGACAAUCGUACCGGGGGAAUCGUCCGUGGUGAUUAUUAUCUGCCUUUGAUCCCACGGUGUCAUCCCACUACCAGGUGUUUCAGAUCCCUUCUUUGCGUUGGGGUAAAGAUGAGAUUGACCCUUUAGAGGAGACAUCCGAAUGGCCUCCAUCUCCACAUAUCUUGCAUGUAUUCUCUUCAAGGAGAGGCUGUUGGGAGGAGAGGCUGUUUGUUCGAGAAGGAGAUGCCGCAGGAACAGUUGCAAAGGCGCGUGUGCUCUUUGAGGGCCAACAAAACUCGGUCUAUUGGCGUGGAUCCCUUUAUGUGCAUUGUCAAAAGUGAUUUUGUUAUGAGAAUAUCUUUGUCUGAAGAUAAGUACAGUGUGAUUAAGCCACCAAUGGAUAUUGGGUGGAGCAGUUAUCUAGGAUUAUCUGAAAAAGGUGUGUAUUGUGCAUCAUUUGUUGAGAAUACUCACAUUCGGGUUUACGCCCUCACUGAAUCGUGUGAUCAGUUUGAGUGGAUAUUAAAGAACGACUAUGACCUUAAGCCUGUGCAAAUGUUUGAUGGCCAAGUUAAUGGACCCUGGAUCUUAGAAGACAUUAACUAUGAAAAAUUUCGUUCUCAUCUACCAAAUAUCAACAAGGAAGAAGUAAUUCAAGAGAAAUUUGAGUGGAACUCUGAUGAUGACGAUUUCCAUGAGAACCUAGACAUUGUUGAAGUGCAACAUCGUCCAUAUUUUGAGAUUGAGGUACUUGGAUUUCACCCAUACAAAGAGAUUCUUUUUUUGAGUAGGUCAGAGGACUGUAAAUUGAAUGCAAUGGCGUUUGCCUAUCAUUUGAAUAGCUUCAAGGUUGAAAAUUUAGGUAGCAUAUACCCGACAGGUCAUGACUAUUUCAGCUGCAGCAUUCCUAAUGAAUCUCAUGAGAUUGAUUCUUUUCCAUACACACCAUGUUGGAUCGAAGAGACCCCAGAAAGAGUGAAUUAAUCUGUAGUAGCUCGUCUCAAACAUUAUCAGUUUAUCGGAUAUGUGUUGUUUUUGUUUGGAUAUUUUUGGCUGUAACUUGUGCAACAAAUUGUUCUUUAAUUAUUAUGACUCCAUUUUGUUAUCAAGUAGCUCCUAGAUUCUGUGUUUGGGGCUCGCAGAUGGGUUUGCAUCUCAUGCGUCUAGUUUCAAGAGAUCUCAUUCACGUAAUGUAGUCUU